CGUGACUGAUGGAGACGAGAAAUAUAAUAUGCUGGUCUAAAUGCAGAAUCCUAGGCUUUUAGGGCUAGAAAGCAUCAGAGAUUGUGUGGGAAACUGCUCCUCCCCAUUUUAUAGUCUGGGAAACUGAGCCCAGAGAAGUCAAGGGGCUGCUCCAGAGUCCCAUGUCUAGGUGGUAGCAGAAGCAGGACUUGAACCCAGGAGACAGACCGUAAAUAUUGACGCUACAUUUCUGUAACAGGUGCCACAGCAAAGACAGGGCAAAGUGCUGGGGCAUUUCCAGCAGAGACUGGUGGGGUGGGAGGAGGGAAAACGAGUCUGAGCCAGUCCCACGAUGAGACCCCGAGCACGUGCGCCCCUCUGUCUUUCCAGAUAUCGCUAACAAAGUCCUCCUGGCUCUGUUCACCUGCGAGAUGCUGGUAAAAAUGUACAGCUUGGGUCUCCAGGCGUAUUUCGUCUCUCUUUUUAAUCGGUUUGACUGCUUCGUGGUGUGUGGUGGAAUUACUGAAACCAUCCUGGUGGAGCUGGAAAUCAUGUCUCCCCUGGGGAUCUCUGUGUUUCGGUGUGUGCGCCUCUUAAGGAUUUUCAAGGUGACCAGGCACUGGACUUCCCUGAGCAACUUGGUGGCCUCCUUGUUAAACUCCAUGAAGUCCAUUGCUUCGCUGUUGCUUCUGCUUUUUCUCUUCAUCAUCAUCUUUUCCUUGCUUGGGAUGCAGCUGUUUGGUGGCAAGUUUAAUUUUGACGAAACGCAGACCAAGCGGAGCACCUUUGACAAUUUCCCUCAAGCCCUCCUGACGGUAUUCCAGAUUCUGACAGGUGAAGAUUGGAACGCUGUGAUGUAUGAUGGCAUCAUGGCCUAUGGCGGCCCGUCGUCCUCAGGAAUGAUCGUCUGCAUCUACUUCAUCAUCCUCUUCAUUUGUGGUAACUAUAUCCUACUGAAUGUCUUCUUGGCCAUCGCUGUAGACAAUCUGGCUGAUGCUGAAAGUUUGAAUACUGCCCAGAAAGAGGAAGCUGAAGAGAAGGAAAGGAAGAAGAUUGCCAGAAAAGAGAGCCUGGAGAAUAAAAAGAACAACAAACCAGAGGUCAACCAGAUAGCCAACAGUGACAAUAAGGUUACAAUUGAUGACUAUCGAGAAGAGGAUGAAGACAAGGACCCCUACCCACCUUGUGAUGUGCCAGUAGGGGAAGAGGAAGAGGAGGAGGAAGAGGAUGAACCCGAGGUUCCAGCUGGCCCCCGUCCUCGUAGAAUCUCAGAGUUGAACAUGAAGGAGAAAAUCGCCCCCAUCCCUGAAGGGAGUGCAUUCUUCAUUCUGAGCAAGACCAACCCGAUCCGCGUGGGCUGCCACAAGCUCAUCAACCAUCACAUCUUCACCAACCUCAUCCUCGUCUUCAUCAUGCUGAGUAGCGCUGCCCUUGCCGCUGAGGACCCCAUCCGCAGCCACUCCUUCCGGAACACUGUAAGCCACUGAGCAGGGCCAGGUGGGCGGGUCUCCCUCUGGGAUCAGCACCCGUCUCUCUAGCAGGGACUGUCAUGCAGGCAGGGCUAAACGUUAGAGGAGGCCUCUCGUUCCCCCAGAGGUAUUUCAGGUUUGUGAGUGCCAGAAGAGUUCUGUCUUAUCAGGACAGACCUUUUUUGAAUCCUGUCCUCUAAACUUCAUCUUAAACACUCUGCAGCAACUUACAGUGUAUUCAGGAGCCCUGCUUCUCCUCCUGUUUGUCCUUUACUGCCAACAUUUUGGUCCCUCUUUUCCCCUCCCUGGUCACAUUCACAUCCGUGACUGUUUUGAGAUUUCUGCCCAGGUGGAAGCAUCCAGCAGGAAGGAAAAGUAAAAAUGGAGCCAGGUACGUCAUGUGCCCAGAAGCUCUUCCUUAGGGCUGGCGGGAAGGCGUGGAGCUGGCCUGGGCUGAAAUUCACGAAGCUACUUGGUUUCGCUACUCAGCGGAGGGGUUGGGUGGAGUGGGGGGGAUACAAGUGAGGGAGCCGACGGCGUGUGGAGCCAAGUGGUUCAGUGGAGAGGAAGGCUGAUGUUUUGAUAGGGCAGGAGGUGGUUUUACAAAGAAAACAAAGAGACAGCUAAGUUGUCUGUUAUCGGUCUGUUUCGUGCUUUAGGGAGAGCACAUCUGUGCUGUGCAGAGACCGGUACCUCAGGAAGUUCUUGCCCAGGUGGGUCCCCUCUUAGCAGUCAGCUCAUUCGGCACCGAGAACAAUCCCAAGGCGACACAGCUUCAAAAGACCAGUAGACUGUUGUCUGCUCUGGCCUGGAGACUGUAGUGCAGUCUCAGAUGGUUGUCAGGAAGCCCAGGAGAGGGAGGCCCACGAGUGUGUGAAGCCGUCCGGCAUUGCUGCCCCUUGUGGUUCAUGCCUCUCUGUGUCCAUCCGAUUUUUAGAAAUUUGAGGAGUAAGGCAAAUUACCAGUACCCCAGGAUUUUGGUUGUGACAGGCCUUGUGCUGUAUCUUUUCGGUUCCAGUCCCGUUGGUUUGAAGCCUGGCAGGCCCAAUGUAUCAGGCUGAUAAAACACGGGCGCUCUGAUAUGCAGAUUUUAAAAAGACUUUCCUCCCAAGGCACAUGUUGGUGUUGAUGUAAAGACGAAGGCUGUGCAUCUGUCUGAAUCUGCACUCACAGAUCAGGGCUCUUGUUAGAGAUUCUGACACUGUCUCUACAUAAGCGUUCAAAUGGAACAAAGACCUCGGUGUCCUCAGGCCCCAUCAUAGAAAUGAGGCACAGCGGGUAGAAGCUGUUUGGGAAAAAAAUAUUGUUAUUGAGAGACGAGGUCAGGAGCUAGUCUAGAACACAGAUUGGCAGAGUUAAUUUACACGUGGCCCCGUGUUCUUAUUUUUAUUGUAAUUGCUUCCCCAUGAGUUUAUGUCCCUGCUGCUUUUUCCAAGAAUGUAAUUAUUGUUUUUAAACAGAUGUACAUAUUUGUAUGUGUAUUGCUUUUAAAAUACUACAGUGUUUAUUUUAUUGUGGUAAGAAUGCUUAAUGUGAGAUCUACUCUCUUGAUAAAUUAAGUGUACGAGACGGCCUUCUUAACGGUAGG